GGCUACGACUCUGCAGGUGUGGGACUGGAUGGUGGAAAUGACAAAGACUGGGAAGCCAAUGCUUGCAAAAUCCACAUUAUCAAGCAGACAGGGAAAGUGAAGGCUCUGGAUGAAGAGGUUCACAAGCAACAGGACAUGGAUCUGGACAUCGAGUUUGACGUUCACCUGGGCAUCGCCCACACGCGCUGGGCCACGCACGGGGAGCCCAACCCUGUCAACACCCACCCGCAGCGCUCCGACAAGAACAAUGAGUUCAUCGUCAUCCACAACGGCAUCAUCACCAACUACAAGGACCUGCAGAAAUUCCUGGAGAGCAAGGGCUACGACUUCGAGUCGGAGACGGACACGGAGAGCAUCGUCAAGCUGGUCAAGUACAUGUACGACAACCGCGACAGCGACGACAUCAGCUUCUCCACGCUGGUGGAGAGAGUCAUCCAGCAGCUGGAAGGUGCUUUUGCCCUUGUGUUCAAGAGUGUUCAUUACCCUGGGCAGGCAGUUGGUACCAGGCGAGGCAGCCCCUUGCUGAUCGGCGUUCGCAGCGAGCACAAGCUCUCCACUGACCACAUCCCCAUCCUGUACCGCACAGGGAAAGACAAGAAGGGAAGCUGUAACCUGUCCCGAGUGGACAGCACCACCUGCCUGUUCCCCGUGGAGGAGAAAGCUGUGGAAUAUUACUUUGCCUCUGAUGCCAGUGCUGUCAUUGAGCACACCAACCGUGUGAUUUUCCUGGAGGACGAUGACGUGGCGGCCGUGGUGGACGGGCGUCUGUCCAUCCACCGCGUCAAGCGCACGGCCGGAGACCACCCGGGCCGGGCUGUGCAGACCCUGCAGAUGGAGCUGCAGCAGAUCAUGAAGGGAAACUUCAGCUCAUUCAUGCAGAAGGAAAUAUUUGAACAGCCAGAAUCUGUUGUUAACACCAUGAGAGGAAGGGUCAACUUUGAUGACUACACUGUGAACCUGGGUGGGCUGAAGGAUCACAUAAAGGAGAUCCAGAGGUGUCGGCGCUUGAUCCUCAUUGCCUGUGGCACGAGUUACCACGCAGGAGUGGCAACCCGGCAGGUGCUGGAGGAGCUGACGGAGUUACCUGUGAUGGUGGAGCUGGCCAGUGACUUCCUGGACAGGAACACCCCUGUGUUCAGGGAUGAUGUCUGCUUCUUCCUCAGCCAGUCAGGGGAGACAGCAGACACCCUGAUGUGCCUUCGGUACUGCAAGGAGAGGGGAGCCCUGACCGUGGGCAUCACCAACACCGUGGGCAGCUCCAUCUCGCGCGAGACCGACUGCGGCGUGCACAUCAACGCCGGCCCCGAGAUCGGCGUGGCCAGCACCAAGGCCUACACCAGCCAGUUUGUGUCCCUGGUGAUGUUUGCCCUGAUGAUGUGUGACGACAGGAUCUCCAUGCAGGAGCGGCGCAAGGAGAUCCUGCGGGGGCUGAAGGGGCUGCCAGACCUGAUUAAAGAAGUGCUGAGCAUGGAUGAUGAGAUCCAGAAGCUGGCCACAGAGCUGUACCACCAGAAGUCUGUCCUCAUCAUGGGACGUGGCUACCACUACGCCACGUGUCUGGAGGGAGCCUUGAAAAUCAAAGAAAUCACCUACAUGCACUCGGAAGGGAUCCUGGCCGGGGAGCUGAAGCACGGCCCCCUGGCCCUGGUGGACAAGCUCAUGCCUGUGAUCAUGAUCAUCAUGAGAGACCACACCUAUGCCAAGUGCCAGAACGCUCUCCAGCAGGUCAUUGCACGGCAGGGCCGGCCUGUGGUGAUCUGUGACAAGGAGGACAUCGAGACCAUCAAGAACAACAAGAGAACAAUCAAAGUUCCCCACUCAGUGGAUUGUCUGCAGGGGAUCCUGAGUGUGAUCCCCCUCCAGCUGCUGGCCUUCCACCUGGCUGUGCUCAGGGGCUAUGAUGUCGAUCGCAUCGCUGCCUCCAGAGACUGAGCACCAGCACCGCCCCCGGAGCCUGGAGGAGCAGGAGCCAGGGGUGAGAGGGGACAGCCAGACCCUGCCGGGGGUGACAGCAUCUCCAGGGUGACACUGGCCCUGGGGUGACACUGGCCCUGGGGUGACACUGGCCCUGGGGUGACACCAUUCCAGGGUGAUGCCAUCCCUGAGGUGACACCAGCCCAAGGGUGACAGUGGCACUGAGGUGACACCAGCCCAAGGGUGACAGUGGCACAGCUCAGAGGGAACCCUGACAGGCACAUGGACACUGCUGUAACCACCCCAAAUAAACUCCAAGCCCUUCUCUGUUGGUUCAGCUCAGAA